AUGAAAAAUGUGAUAAAUCUUUCGAGAAUGUCUAACGUUGCUGAGCAGAGUGGUGAAGUGACUAGAUCUCUUUCUGGUCCAAUUUUGAGGAAAAAUUUCGCUCAACUGGAGGUUGAGAGACAAUCAAUGCCGUACCCCAUGGCCGUUGCUAGUGGCCCCACAUAUUGGAAUGAAGCACUUGAUAUUAUUUCUUUUGGUUCUCCUGAGCAAUCUGUUGAAGGAAUGAAAGUUGUUUGUCAUGAAUUGGCUCAGGCGACUAGUGAUCCUAAAGGCAGUGCUAUGGAUGAACUUGUAAAAGAUGCAGAUAGACUAGUUGCCUGCCUCGCUAAUAAGGUUGCAAGGACUUUUGAUUUCAGUUUGACAGGAGCUUCAUCACGAUCUUGUAAAUAUGUGCUCAACAUUGAUGCAGACUUUUCAGAAUAA